GAAGCUAAGAAUCUUCCUACGUAUCCAGGGCCAAACAAAAUGCGGGAUUGUUACUGUACAGUAAACUUGGACCAGGAAGAAGUUUUCAGGACCAAAAUAGUGGAGAAAUCACUAUGCCCUUUUUACGGAGAAGACUUUUACUGUGAAAUUCCACGGAGUUUUCGUCAUCUGUCAUUUUACAUUUUUGAUAGAGACGUUUUCCGCAGGGAUUCAAUCAUUGGAAAAGUAGCAAUACUGAAGGAAGAUUUGCAGAAAUACCAUAAUCGAGACACUUGGUUUCAACUGCAACAUGUUGAUGCUGAUUCAGAAGUACAGGGAAAGGUCCAUCUAGAAUUGAGGCUAAGUGAAGUCAUAACGGAUACUGGUGUAAUUUGCCAUAAACUUGCUACACGAGUUCUAGAAUGCCAAGGACUCCCGAUUGUGAACGGCCAGUGUGAUCCUUAUGCAACAGUUACUCUAGCAGGACCAUACAGAUCCGAAGUCAAAAAGACGAAAGUUAAAAAGAAGACAAACAAUCCUCAGUUUGAUGAAGUAUUUUAUUUUGAGAUUACUAGGCCAAGCAGCUAUAGCAAGAAAUCCCAUUUUGAAAUUGAAGAUGCUGAUGAAGUUGACAAGAUGGAAAUCAGAGUUGAUCUUUGGAACGCAAGCAACUUGAAGUUUGGAGAUGAGUUUCUAGGAGAGUUGAGGUUACCACUGAAAUUUCUUCGGCAGUCAAGCUGUUAUGAAGCAUGGUAUUUCCUGCAGCCUAGAGUUAAUGGCAACAAAACACUGAAACCUGAUGAUCUGGGUUCUUUGCGGUUAAAUGUGGUUUACACAGAAGACCAUGUCUUUCUUCCAGAGCAUUACAACCCACUUAGAGACCUCUUAUUAAAAUCUGCAGAUGUUGAGCCUGUUUCAGCAUCUACUGCCCAUAUCCUGGGUGAAGCCUGCAGAGAAAAACAGGAGGCAGCUAUACCCCUGGUUCGACUCUUCUUACACUAUGGCAAAAUUGUGCCUUUCAUUAGUGCAAUUGCAAAUGCAGAAAUAAAAAGAACUCAAGAUCCAAACACCAUUUUCAGAGGAAACUCGUUAACCUCCAAAUGCAUUGAUGAAACCAUGAAACUAGCAGGGAAGCAUUACCUUCAAGUCACACUGAAGCCUAUUAUUGAUGAGAUCUGCCAGCUUCAUAAACCUUGUGAAAUUGAUCCUGUGAAGUUGAAAGAUGCUGACAAUUUGGAAAAUAAUAGG